AUGAAUCGUCAUAGAGAUGAACUAGGGAGAUUUGUUAGGAGACCCGACACCCCUAGUGACAAUUCUUCUGAUACAUCCAAUAUUUCCUCUCCCACCUCAACAAUUGCUCAUAAUCCUUUCGCAAUGGCUCAUCAUGAGGAAAUUCAGCAGAGAAGUCUGAAUGGCUAUCUCCAUCCUACUCGUACUCCUACCCCUUCUUGUAUCAUCUUUCCACCUAAUAUGCCCAACUUUGAAUUUAAACCUGGCAUGAUUCAACUCUUGCCUAAUUUCCAUGGUUUAGAAAAUGAAAAUCCUUAUGUGCAUAUUAGGGAAUUUGAGGAGGUGGUAGCCACUUUCUAUAACCAAGCUAAUAUCGCGGAUACUGUGCGAUUGAAGUUUUUUCCCUUCUCUUUGAAGGAUAAGGCUAAAAGCUGGUUAUACUCUCUGAGACCAAGGUCUAUUGGAACAUGGGAUGAAAUGACAUCGUCAUUCUUCCACAAAUACUUCCCUAACCACAAGACCAAUGGCUUAAAAAGACAGAUUUCUACUUUUUCCCAAAAAGACAAUGAAACUCUCUAUCAAGUCUGGGAAAGGUUUAAGGAAUUGUUAACUCUUUGUCCCCACCAUGGUUAUGAAAAAUGGCGCCUAGUCAGCUAUUUCUAUGAAGGCCUCACUAUUCGUGAACGCCAGUUUGUAGAAAUGAUGUGCAAUGGUGAAUUUCUUCAAAAAGAUCCUGAAGAAGCCUUGGAAUAUCUCAAUGAGCUUGCAGAAAAAUCUCAUACCUGGACUGGUCCAAGUGCUACUGAAAGCACUAACCGAAAUCGACCAGCAGGAAUUUACCAAUUAAGGGAGGAGGACAGCCUCAAAGCCCAAGUUGAGUCCUUAACAAAGCAACUGGAGGCAUUUAAGACAAAAGGUGGGCAAGGACUUCAUAUGAUUGCCCGAGCAGAAACACAUGAGCCAUGUUUUGUGUGUGGAGGAACAGAUCAUUUAGCUAAGGAUUGCUUAGCUUUUAGUGAAAUGAGGGGGGUUUAUGAAGAGCAAUGCAAUGCCUUAGGGGCCUAUAAUAAGCCAUUCUCUCAUACGUACAACCCUGGUUGGAGAAACCACCCAAAUUUCAGCUGGAGAGAUCCAAACCAAGCACAAUCUUCUGGAGGGCAAUGGAGAAAUGAGCACCAGUCUCAACCAUCAAAAACUCAACCUACUCCUCAAGACAAUGCUCCUCCUCAAAGGAGUUCUCUUGAGAACACCCUUCAUUCAUUCAUGGAGGAGCAAGCCAAAAUAAAUCGUCAAAUGAUGGAAGAAAUCAAGGACAUGAAAAGUCAAUUUUCAAAACUGACUGGAUCCUUGGUUAAUUCUGAAAGAGGCAAACUUCCUUCUCAGCCUCAAUUCAAUACAAAAGGGCAACAUAUGGCUCAAACCUCCAACUCUAACGAUCAAAACGUUAAGGAGGCUAAUUCCAUCACAACUAGAAGUGGUAAAGCUUUGGAAGAUCCACCAAUACCAAAUACUACUUCAAAAUUUCCAAAUGUUGUCUCUGAAAGUGUGCUAUCCAAUGCUUCUGCAAAAAUAAAUCUUCCUUUGCUUCACAUCAUCAAACAAGUGCCAGCCUAUGCUAAAAUCAUCAAAGAUCUUUGCACUGUAAAAAGGAUGCAUCAUGUCAAGAAGACUGCUUUCUUGACUGAGCAAGUUAGUGCGGUAAUUGAACAAAAGACACCGCCAAAAUACAAAGAUCCUGGUUGUCCCACCAUAUCCUAUCAAACUGGGACUCAUGAAUUCAGCCAAGCCUUGAUAGACUUAGGAGCGAGUGUCAAUCUCAUGCCUUAUUCUGUCUACUCGCAACUUGGUCUUGGUGAAAUCAAGCCUACUUCUGUAGUCUUACAGCUGGCUGAUCGUUCUAUUAAGAAGCCUCAAGGUAUUGUUGAGGAUGUUCUUGUUCAAGUUGACAAAUUCUAUUACCCCGUUGACUUUCUCAUUCUGGAUACUCAAUCUGUGGUUAACAUGGAGUCAAAAAUCCCUAUCAUACUUGGACGACCUUUCCUUGCUACAGCUAAUGCCCUUAUUAACUGUAGGAAUGGUCUCAUGAAAAUAUCUUUUGGGAAUAUGACUCUCGAGGUUAAUAUUUUUCAUGUUGCAAAGCAACCACAUGAUGAUGAUGAGUGUUAUCAGACAUUUCUGAUUGACACGCUCAUUCCUGAGGAGAUUCAAUUGAAAAGCAAUUCUGAUGAUCUUGAUGAACUCCUCUCUUUUUCUGAAAGUUUGGGUUUUGAUGAGUCGAUUAAUGAAAUUUCUUGUUACAAAGACUCACAAAACGGAAGAACAAAGUUUUGGCAACCUUGCUUUGAAGAGCUACCUAGUGAAAGGGAAAAGCCAAAACCUUCUGCUGAAGAGGUUCCUAUUGUUAAGUUAGCCCAACUACCUGAGGGUGUAAAACAUGUCUUCUUGGGAGAUGGUGAUACCUUUCCUGUUAUCAUUUCAUCCAAACUUGAUCCUUCACAAGAAGGUGAACUUCCUUCUGAAUGGAGUUCACAAGACAGACGCAAGUUUCUGGUCGAGGUGCGCAAUUUCUAUUGGGAUGAUCCAUACUUGUUCAAGUAUUGUCCCGACCAGAUCAUGCGGAGAUGCAUCCCUGAUGAUGAGGCAUAUCGUACUACUUUCAAAUCCCCUCUUGGGAUGUCUCCCUAUCGGCUUGUUUAUGGGAAAGCCUGUCAUUUUCCUGUUGAACUUGAGCAUAAGGCAUAUUGGGCUGUCAAAGCCUUUAAUUCUGAUCUAUGUGCUGCAAGCAUUAAUCGCAAACUCCAGCUGUCUGAAAUUGAGGAGUUGAGAAAUGAGGCAUAUGAUAAUUCCAGGAUCUACAAGGCAAAAAUGAAAGCUUCUCAUGAUAAACAGAUCCUGGGAAAGCAUUUUGAGGUGAAUCAAAAGGUGCAUCUUUAUGAUUCUCGGUUGCAUUUCCACCCAGGUAAGUUGAGAUCGCGGUGGACUGGCCCAUUUGUGGUGAAACAAGUUUUUCCCAACGGUUCUGUUGAAGUUGAGGACCCAACUGAUGGGAGAAUUUUCAGAGUCAAUGGCCAGAGAUUGAAGCAUUACAUCGAGAGUGUGAGUCAUGUUGAAGAGGUCCUUCUUGAGGACCCUGUUUAUACACUCUGAGUUGUUUAUUUCUUUUACAUGUUUUAUUUUAUUUUAUUUUUCUGCUUUUCUAUUAGUUUUGUGUGUUUUCGUUUUUUGUUUGUUUUUGGUUUGUUUUGUUGCUAUCAGGUUGUUUCAAUUAUCGCCCCGUGGAUAUUGUCAUCUUCCAGGUGUUCUCUUUCCCUAUUUUUUCAUUGCAUAUUUGUUUUGACAUUGAGGACACUGUCUGAUUUUCGGUUGGGGGUGGUGAGCUCUGGUGAGCUUUCAUUUGGAGAAUUACAUUGUUGUGUUGAAUUUUUAAGUCAAAUUUUCUCAAAAUUUUCUAAGCAUGAUUGAAAUAUUUUGUUUAUGUUGGUUUUUGCUAUGUUUAGCUAUUAAGGAGUGAUUUCCAGAGUUCUUUAAUGCACUUUCCAAACAUGUGGUAAGAUGGUUGUUAACACAAAUAGUUGAGAAAAUUUUCAAGCUUAAAGUUUUCCAGUUUUUUGGUGAGUUGUGAGAGUUGAGAAAACGACUUUUUGAACUUUUAUUGAUCAUUUGAGUUGGUCAAAUCAGAUUUCUGGAAUUUAAACACAUGACAUGUACUGGAGGGAUAAUUUCAUUUGUUAAAAGAGCCUUUGUUGUAAUGUUAUUUUUCAUAUUUCUUUUUGUUCAUGUAUUUAUGUGUUGCCUCUUGUAAAAAAAAAAAAAAAAAAAAAAAAAAAUAAAAAAAAA